AUGUUUCCACUAGAAGAUCAGAGUGGGAAGAGAGUAGACAUUGAUGACAAUGAGAGCUUAGGAAAAGUGGUUUCUUAUGCUGUUGGAACAUGUGCUUUAACACUAUUUAUUGUUUGGGAAGAUGAUCCGUAUUUGAUGAUUCGGAGUAGUGAUGGUAAUCGUGUGUCACCUUUUGAGGAAAAAGAUACUGCUAAUAGCAAUAGUGAUAAUAAUCGUGAUGAUAAUAGCAAUGGCAUUGACAGCAGUUCAGAUGAAAGUAACGAUAGUAAUGGUGCUUGGGAUAUUGAAGCUCAGAAUGAGGAUGGCAAUGAGUCUGAGAUACAGCUACAAGAGAACGCAAAUAGUGACAGUGACAAUGGUGGUCGUAACACCAUUGAUGAGCGCAAGUAUAAGAAGUUUGAGCUUGGGCGGUGUUACUCAACAAUUCAAUCUUUCAAGAGUGCAGUUACAAAGUAUGCAGUGAAGAAGAAGUAUGACAUAUCUUACUUCAAGACGGAUAGCAAAAGAGUUGUUGCCGUUUGCUGUAGAAGAACGUGUCCUUGGAGGAUUUGUGCAUCGAUUAACAGCACUAGCAGCAGGGUUGUGGUAAGAUCUGUACAAGCUGAGCAUAACUGUACAUGGCAAGGUAAAGUAUAUCUCUGCUUACUAACACACGCAUAG